CGCACUCGGCGGUGCAUUCAUGAGCUACAACAGACUCCUCCUAUUUUACGCACGCAUGUCUGUAGUAGCUAGAGCAUGUCCGGUUGAAGGCAGUUACAGUACAGCAGAAGAACUUCAGGAUUUGACAACAUCAUGGCGCUGCGAAUUCUGAGGAGAACUUUAAACGGGAGGCACUGUGGAUGUCUAUACAGUACCAUACCAGAUAUGCCCCCAGCUGGCAUCACCCCCCAGAAAUAUACGGGCAUUUCCUAUGAUGAGGCCAUGAAGGUUAGAAAAGCUAACCUGACUCCUGGGCUUUUGACCUACUACAAGAACCCAAUCAUGAUCGUUCAGGGGCAUAUGCAGUGGUUGUGGGAUUCCAGUGGGAAGAGAUACUUGGAUUUGUUUGGGGGAAUUGUAACAGUUAGUGUUGGCCACUGUCAUCCGAAGGUGACAGAAAGAGCAAAGAAACAAAUGGAUAACUUGUGGCAUACAACAAACAUCUAUCUCCACCCUACCAUUCAUCAAUAUGCUGAAAAACUGGCUGCUAAACUACCUGGAAAUCUAAAGGUUGUUUAUUUCACCAACAGUGGCUCGGAAGCCAAUGACUUGGCUGUACUAAUGGCCAGACUUCACACUGGAGUGUUUGAUAUAAUAUCACUCAGGAACGCUUAUCACGGAGCGAGCCCUUACCUGAUGGGUCUUACAGCACUGUCUACCUGGAGGUUUAAUGUUCCCACAGGAUUCGGCAUUCACCAGUCCAUGAAUCCUGACCCUUACAGAGGACCCUGGGGAGGUGCCAACUGCAGGGACUCUCCCUCACAGACCCUGAGGUCCUGUGACUGUGGGGCAGGAGAAUGCCAGGCAGGGGUCAAGUAUGCAGACCAGCUGGAGGACGUACUCAGAUUUUCAAUGCCAAAGGACAAGUGUGGGGCAUUCUUUGCAGAGUCCAUUCAGGGAGUAGGAGGAACAACCCAGUUUCCCAAGAACUUCCUGAGGAAGGCAUUUGAUAUUGUCAGAGCAAAGGGUGGAAUUUGCAUUUCAGAUGAGGUUCAGACAGGGUUUGGCAGGUUAGGUGACCACUUCUGGGGAUUUGAAAGCCAUGGAGUUACUCCAGACAUUGUGACAAUGGCUAAAGGUAUUGGAAAUGGUUUCCCCUUGGCAGCUGUAGUAACUACACCUGAGAUUGCCUUAUCCAUGGCCAAAGCCCUACACUUCAACACUUAUGGAGGGAACCCAUUGGCCUGUGCUGUAGGAUCGGCUGUGUUAGAUGUAAUUGAAGAAGAGAAAAUUCAAGAAAAUGCAGAAAAAACUGGAACCCAUUUUAUUUUGGAACUUAGGAAAUUGAUGGAUGAAUUUGAGACAAUUGGAGAUGUUAGAGGGAAAGGCUUAAUGAUUGGAGUGGAGCUUGUCAAAAACAGGGAAAGUAUCGAACCAUUGCCUGUUGAAGAUGUCAACAAAGUCUGGGAACACAUGAGAGAUUAUGGUAUUCUAGUUGGAAAAGGAGGAAUAUUUGGAAAUGUUCUUCGAAUUAAACCACCCAUGUGUAUCACCAAGGCUGAUGUGGAUUUCACCAUUGCUGUUCUCAAGGAUGCUUUAAGAACAUGCCUGUAGCUACAUGUAUGAGUCAAGGCAGAUGCUAGGGUAGAUGAUGACUAGUGUAUAUGUUUGAAAGAAUUACACAUGUAUAUGUAUGAAAAGAUUAAGUAUAUACCUUGUGAAAAUGGUAGUUUUCUGAUGUUGAAACAAGUUGCAAGAACAGAAAAAAAAUUUUGAACAUGUAUGAAAUUCCUUGCACAAAAUGAUGCAUAAUUUUGUUAGCAGUCGUUUUUACGUUGAGAAAGUUUUUGUUAAAAAAAAGGUUUUAAUAUCAACUGUGAUUACUCAUGAACAAAUUUUUUUGUAUACCUUUAAUCAUUAUUUUCCAAAACAACUGUUAAAAUAAACAGAUGUCAUACCGGUAUAUUACAGGCCAGGAACUACCGAUGAUCAUGCACUACCGGUACUUAUGGCUUUUAUAUUCACGACAAUUCCAAAUGUGGCUUGCAUGUUUGCAGAUUAAACAUUUAGAUUUUUAAAAAAAAUUAUAGUUAUUAACCCCUACAUAUCCAUGUUGAUUCAUAUGUUGAAAGCCAUUUACAUUGUGAUAUAGUGUACAAUUUAUCAUUAAAUUAAAUUGAAAUAUUCUCUACACAGCUGUACUGGUGACAGACUUAUUUUAGCAGUUAUAUAAUAGACUUGCCUUGCUAGCCAAAGUCAAAGAAAAUCUGAUGUACUCUUUUAAGAAAACAAAAUACAAGUGAAAUGUUUUAAACAACACAUGUUUAUGAACUGUUCAAACUUUCAUAUUAUAUAUCCUAGGAUAUAUUUUAGGUAAGCAAAAAUUUUUUUUACAAAUUUUGGUUUUAUUGAAGUCGACUAACUUUGGCCACAAAGGUGCUUAUUACCAGGAUGACUUUAGGAUAGUAUGCUAGAGCAACUCUUUGGCUUAUAUCUCUCUAUGCUCGAGUGGGUUCUGGAUAUAUUAAUAAACAGGGUAUAACCAUGAAAUUUGACAUUCAGUGCUUCAUUGUGUAUAGAUUAAUUAUGAUUAAAAAGUGGAGGAUGCUCAGGGCAUUUGGAUGGUUAACGCACUGCUUCUUUCGACUAACUAUAUACAUGUAUAAUAUUAUCAGAUCUGAACAUCUUGUCAUCAGACAUGUUGUUUAUAGUAUAUUUAUAUCCAAAUAAAUUUCAAAGCAUUGUU